AUGGAUGGGGAGGAUAGUUUUGUGGCUCUGGUCCAUUGCUCUGGAAAAAUUCAAAAGAGCAAACGCCACGGUGUGAAAUUCACAGAUAGAGAACCAGUUAGUAUUUUUAUUCGAUCUUCAAGUACAUUGGCAGAGAUUAAGCUCAGCAUACUACAGAAGCUCGGUACCUGUGGUUCGAAGCAGGUUAAAAAGUUGUUUUACAAGAUUCCCAUUACUGUUGUGUCAACCGGCGUGCGGUUUGAGACCUUUGUGAUUGGGUCGGAUGAAGACCUGCAGGUCUUGUUUCACUGCAGGCGUAGUUUUCCGGAGGUGAGGAUACCUGAGAUGUUUGCAAAGUUGGAAGAUCGUGUGGAUAGCUCUGGGGCAUCAGCACCGGGUCCUCAGUCGACCACACGGGGCGGUGCAUCGACAUCACUGCCUGUGGUAGCAGCGGUAGUUCUACCUCCCGAGGCAGAACGUACUGAGGUUGAGUUUGAGGUUGGACCGGAUCGAGUUGAGAAUGCGCUUUGUGAUGAUGAUUCCGAUGAGGAGCCGCUCGAUAUUGGUGGGGACAGUGAAGAUGAUAUACCAAUAGGUGCAGCCCAUGGAGGUUCCGGUUCUGCAACACAAGAGUACCCUCCGCACCUGUCGUCUUUGAACUUGGAGGCCAUCGGUCAACACCAGAAUGUUGAGGCAACAUUCGAUGGACAGGGUAUGCAUGAUGGGACAGGUUUGACUGAAUUUCAGAUUGGGCAAUCGUUCCAGAGUAAGGAGGAAGCUGUGCUGAGCGUGAAAGAUUACAGCAUUCGGCGUGGAGUUGAGUACAGGGUUAUGCAAUCAGACAGUCUAUAA